AUGCGAACGUGCUCGUACGUGUGGGAGAUGCAAAUGCUGCUUCAUCCGAUUCUCAAACAACCCGACGGCGCGUUGAUGGAUAUGGUGAAAACCUGCGGCAAGCUGCGCCGGCUGGAUGACGAUGUCAUUCGGCGCAACCAGUCAGUCGUGAAAUCUACUGUGAAGCAGAAGCUGAGGUCUAUCAUGCGAGAUCUAGCGCCACCUUGCACCGAGCAGAUCAACAUCUCGCCGCAGCAGAUACCAGGAUAUGUCUCCGAUGCCUUCUCGGACGAUCUAUCGGAGCUCUUCAAUAUCCGUACCAUUGCCGCAGAGCCAGCUACUCCACAACUACUUCACCAAGAGGUCAUGGAUGAAGAACUGGAGCGCUGGUUUCGCGAUCCGUCACUUCUUCAGGCAAUGGCCAAAGGCCCAGAGUCGGUGCUGCACUUUUGGAAGCGUCAACAGGAGUCCGGCACCUACAGAUUCUUACCAAGCGCGGCUCCGAUCGUUUUUGCCGUUCCUGCAUCGUCCGGUCAAAUUGAGCGCGACUUCGGAAUCAGCGGUCAAAUGGUUACUGUGCAGCGAGCAUCACUGUCCUCAGAGAACAUUGACAUGUGCUCCUUCCUGAAUCGGAACAGGGAAUUCAUUGAUGUAACGCAGUGCUCAAAGCUGACAGCGGAGGAAGCACGAGAAUCCGUUCCUGCAAACGUCACGGUGAACCUUGACCCUCAAACGGUGAUUGAAAUGUUCGAGAGCGACUGGGAGCAGGCCUUGGUCAAAUCUUUCUCUGCGCAUAUUUCGACUGAGCUCUAA